CUUUCCUGAUCUACUGAGUCACAUUUACCGCAAGAUGAGGAAACCUACUUGGGUUCUAUUCACGAUGGUCUGUUUUAUUUUGAUCGUUUGUGCACCAGACGAGAGUUCCGGUUUCGUUCGCAGAGCUCUAAAGAAGGUAGAAAAAGCUGUAAGAAAAGUCGUCUUCAAACCAGUGAAAAAAGUCUUCAAGGAGGUGGUGGAAAAACCAGUGAAGUCUGUGUUAAGAGCCGUAGGACUCAAGAAGGUUCGCAAGACAUACAGAGAAUUCCAAAAAGAGGUAGUCCAUUCUCGGGUGACUUUCACUGAAGAUUCCUACCAAGUUAAGAAAAUCAACCCUUGCCCUGACGGACAUCAUAAUAUUGUGAAAACAGAGCAGCCAGUUGAGAUUCACUUUGAAGACAAUGUGGUAGUGAUACAGGACAGUUAUUGCCGAAAAUGUGGACAGCAUUUCUUCCACACAAAACAUAAGGAUGAGCUUUAAAACGCAACACUGAACUUUUAAUUAGCGGGACAUUCGUCAGUAAAUCUA